CAGUUGCGAAUUUCAUACAACACGAGACGGUUGCCUUCGAGCGGUCGGCGUUCUACAGUCGAGCACUUCGAUUCCGCCACAGAAUUGGCCAAAAAAAGAGGAGCAGAUAAAAGCAAAAGUGGCCAGAGAAAAGAAGUUUCGCGAUUAGGCGGAAAUUAGUCGAGCAAAUAGUUAGUCAAGUGUGAGUGGUCGCGAGUGAAAAGUGGCUGGAAUACCUCAAGUCGAGAGUGUGUCAAUCGAUUGAGUGGCCAAAAUGAUUGAGCGGCGCAGUCAGCUGGAUAAGAUCAUCAUCACCGCCAUGGACCGCUUCGUCUGGUUUGUCCUGCUCGUGGUCAUGUCCCACCUGGUCACCGAGUUCACCCGCGUCUCUGGAUACGCGCGUGGCCAGCGCCACGAGUUGGUGCUGCUGAACGAUACGCUGCUGCAGCCCAUGCCCGUCCAGAACAUGGUGCUCUACCCCAGCCAGGAGUACGGCCAGUACCAGCAGCGAUCCUCCCCCUCCAUGGGAGCCAUGAGCAGCCUGCAGCAGAACGCCGCCUUCCUGCUGAGCAGCUUGGCGGCGGGAGUGAGUCCCGGAAAUGGAGCAGCUGCAGCGGGCGCAGCGGCGCCCGGAGGCAAUGCGGCCAUUUUGGCCCUCGGCGAUAGCCAACCGGCUCACGCGGCCGAGAGCACAUACCCCAUGUUCAGCCUGCGCCCCCUGAUCGACAGCAUUUUCGAGAUUCCGAUUUCGACGCUGCGUGCUGUCAACAAUCUGGUGGGUCGCCUGACCGGCGGCUACCGACAGGCGCCGGCGGAAGUGGCGCAAAAAUCCGUGGCAGCUGGAACGGCGCUGCCGCCCGGCAGGCAAGGUCCCACGCCGAGUGGCCAUUCCAGUGGCCCACAGAUGCGCGAGGAGAUGGCGUAAUCCUGGGCCCACCUUAGCCAGUAGUUGUGCGUGAAUGUUGUAGUUUCUGUCAGUGUAUGUUCGUGUGCAUUGUGACCUUUGUGAUAUAUGUGACUUGCUGUAAGCCUAGACUAAGGAUAUUUAUGUCCAUCCACAAGAAAAUUCCAAAAGAAAAUAUACAAGUAUGUGGAAUAAAUGCUAUUUCUAAA